AUGAUGACGAUUUCCGGUAUUGGAAUAAUAUUAUUACUAGCGUGUUUCUCUUUUACAAAUGCGGCAGAGGGUGGGUCAUCGAUAUCUGGAAUGUGGGUGUCAUGCUAUGAGAAAAUGGAUGAUUGCUUAUCUAGAUGCGAUUCUUUCUUCCGACAAUGCUAUGUCGCUGAUCACUGCAAUGAUGGCACUCAUCAACAAGCAGCUUGUGCUCCAAAUGUCACAUCAAUGGUGUUGCUAACGUUCGCGUUGAUCGUCGGCUUGUUGACGUGUUGUUGUGUGGCGUGUUUCUGUGCACCGUGUUGCAUCUGUUAUCAAGUGUUGAAGAAAAGAAGAACAAGAGAACGAGAUACACAAUUGUUGGAGACAAAUCUCACAACAACAAAGGCUUCCGCGCCGCCCCAAAUU